UUUCGUGUGCAUAUGUGUGUAUACAAACACGCAUGCACGCCUGGACGGGCAGACGUAUGCACAAUUUAUUUCUUAAGGACAAUUCCUUCAAUAAGGUCUCUACCCCUUACUUGAAACAGGUGUUUAUGAAAAAAAAUGCACAAUAUCCCGACUGACCGGAAAAAUUGAUGAAGAAGGGUGCUGGAUCCGUGGGUCAGAGAACACACAGGACCAGCUUGCCACCCCAAGGCAGAAGGCCUCCCUCCGACACAGCCUGGAAGCCCUUCAGAUGCCCUGGCCUAGCUUGACGACGACACCACAGUGAGCUCCGGAUAGGAUCAGAGGCACAAACCAAACCGCCUUGAAGUAGCUCAUGGAAGACCCCCCCGAGGCACUGACCAGGCCCAUUGUCCCUUCCUCAGGGAGGAGCGGUGAGUGAGCAGAGGCAUCACAGCAGGAGUGGACAUGAAUGCUGGCUUCCAGAGAGAGCAGCGGUUCAGUUUUGGUCAUCGAAAGUGGUGCCUGCAGCACAGAAGAUCGUGAUUUCUCCUCCGAGGCUGUUAAUCUCCAGUACAGAACUCAAGAGGAGAAGAGGCCAGAGUAGAACUGCAUCCAGUGUGGCAUCUCUCCAGCCAGGACUGGAGAUGACAGGACACAUGUCUCCAACCUUCAGCUGUUCACAUAGCACACAGGGGACUUGUGGGGGCCACUUGUCACUGCCAAUCAAACCCACUCAAUGGCAAUACUGACAUCCUUCAUGCUGUUUUCAAGACAGACACUCAGGCAGAAAAUGCCAGUGCGCUUCCUGUCUGAAGAGUAGGGGUCAUGCCACACCAGUAUGAACAGUGUGGACCCCAGGACCUGCUCUGAGUCCACUGGUAGCCACUGACACUUGGAGAAAUAAAAAGCCAAACCCCCCAAAUCCAUCGUGGGGUUGACUUCCACAGCUCUUGACCAAUGUGGCCAAAGCUAGACACCUCGGGACACUUGGAUUAUUCAUAAAUGCGACCCACCGCAAACUCUCUCAGUUGUAUCUGAAGUCUUGGGAAGGUCAUGGAUCCUGAACAAAGCGUCAAGUGCACCAAGAAGGCUGACGGAAGUCCCCAGAAGCGGCUGACCAAAGGAGAGGCUAUUCAGACUAGUGUUCCUUCCAGUGCCCCAUAUCCAGGCAGUGGUACCACUGCUCCCUCAGAGAGUGCCACCCAGGAGCUCCUAUCCCCCCAGCCUUUCUCGGGCCCUGCAGUGGUUCUUAGAGAAGGCUCUCAGGAGAAGACGGGCCAGCAGCAGAAGCCUCCCCGGAGGCCCUCCAUUGAGGCCUCAGUCCACAUCUCACAGCUUCCGCAGCACCCUCUGACACCAGCAUUCAUGUCCCAGGGCAAACCAGAGCAUCUCCUAGAGGGGUCCACGUGGCAGCUUGUUGACCCCAUGAGACCUGGACCCUCAGGCUCCUUUGUGGCCCCUGGGCUGCAUCCACAGGGCCAGCUCCUCCCGUCCCAUGCUUCCAUCCUUCCUCCCGAGGACCUGCCUGGCAUCCCUAAGGUCUUUGUGCCCCGUCCCUCCCAGGUCUCCCUGAAGCCCACAGAAGAGGCACACAAGAAAGAGAGGAAACCACAGAAGCCAGGGAAGUAUAUCUGCCAGUACUGCAGCCGGCCCUGUGCCAAGCCCAGUGUGCUCCAGAAGCACAUUCGCUCACACACAGGUGAGAGGCCCUAUCCCUGCGGCCCCUGUGGCUUCUCCUUCAAAACCAAGAGUAACCUCUAUAAGCACAGGAAGUCUCAUGCCCACCGCAUCAAAGCCGGCCUGGCUUCUGGCUCCAGCAGUGAGAUGUACCCCCCUGGGCUGGAGAUGGAGAGGAUCCCUGGGGAAGAGUUUGAGGAGCCCACCGAGGGAGAAAGCACAGACUCCGAGGAGGAAACUGGUACCACGUCAGGUCCCCCCACAGAGGUUCUCCCCAAACCUAAGCAUCCCCUGCUCUCAAGUGGCUUAUACAGCUCUGGGAGCCAGAGUUCCAGCCAGGAACGCUGCUCCCUGUCCCAGUCAAGCACUGCACCAUCGCUGGAAGACCCCACCCCAUUUGCAGAAACCUCAUCAGAGCAUCCCCUAACCAAUAAACCAGAAGACACACACACAAUCAAACAGAAGCUGGCACUCCGCCUGAGCGAGAGGAAGAAGCUGAUCGAGGAGCAGACGUUCCUGAGCCCAGGGAGCAAAGGCAGCACAGAGUCGGGGUAUUUCUCACGCUCAGAGAGCGCUGAGCAGCAGGUCAGCCCCCCCAACACCAAUGCCAAAUCCUAUGCGGAGAUCAUCUUCGGCAAGUGUGGGCGGAUUGGACAGCGGACCUCCAUGCUGGCAUCCUCCUCCACCCAGCCCCUCCUGCCCCUGUCUGCUGAAGACAAGCCCAGCUUGGUGCCUUUGUCUGUACCCCGGACACAGGUGAUUGAACACAUCACCAAGCUCAUCACCAUCAAUGAGGCCGUGGUGGACACCAGCGAGAUUGACAGUGUGAAGCCCAGGAGAAGUUCUCUGACCAGGCGCAGCAGCGUGGAGUCCCCGAAAUCCAGCCUCUACCGGGAGUCACUAUCGUCCCACGGGGAAAAGACAAAGCCGGAACAAUCGCUGCUGAGCCUCCAGCACCCGCCCAGCUCCACGCACCCCGUGCCUCUCCUGAGAAGCCACUCAAUGCCUUCUGCCGCCUGCACCAUCAGCACCCCCCACCAUACCUUCCGUGGGAGCUACUCCUUCGAUGACCACAUUGCUGACCCCGAAGCCCCCACCCGCAGCAGUCCCAUGUUUACCUCCCACCCACGGAUGCUGAAACGCCAGCCAGCCAUUGAACUACCUUUGGGAGGUGAGUACAGUUCCGAGGAGCCUGGACCAAGCAGCAAAGACCCCACCUCCAAGCCCUCUGAUGAACCAGAAUCCAAGGAAAGCGACCUUACCAAAAAGACCAAGAAAGGGUUGAAAACGAAAGGCAUGAGCUAUGAAUGUACCAUCUGUGGUGCUCGGUACAAAAAGAGAGAGAACUACGAAGCUCAUAAGAAGUACUACUGCUCUGAGCUCCAGAUCACAAAAGCCCACUCUGUAGGUGCUCACGAGGUUGAGAAGACUCAGGCUGAGCCUGAGCCUUGGUCCCAGAUGAUGCAUUACAAACUGGGGGCCACCCUGGAACUCACUCCCCUAAGAAAAAGACGGAAGGAAAAGAGCCUUGGGGAUGAGGAGGAGCCACCUGCCUUUGGCAGUCCUGGCCCAUCAGACCCAGCUCGUCACCCUCCCCUGGAGUCCACCAAGUCACCAGCAGAACCAAGCAAAUCAGUUCCCUCCUUAGAGGGACCCACGAGCUUCCAGCCAAGGACUCCCAAGCCAGGGACUGGAUCAGAACCAGGGAAGGAGAGGAGAACAAUGUCCAAAGAAAUUUCUGUCAUCCAGCACACCAGCUCCUUUGAGAAAUCUGACCCACUGGAGCAGCCGAGCAGCCUGGAAGAAGACAAGCCCCUGGCCCAGUUCUCAUCCCCGCCACCUGCCCCGCAUGCUCCACAUGGACGCUCGGCUCACUCCCUACAGCCGAGGUUGGUCCGCCAGCCCAACAUUCAAGUUCCAGAGAUCCUGGUAACAGAAGAGCCUGACAGGCCAGACACAGAGCCUGAGCCACCCCCAAAAGAGCCCGAGAAGACAGAGGAAUUCCAGUGGCCCCAGCGUAGCCAGACGCUGGCACAGCUCCCAGCGGAGAAGCUGCCACCCAAGAAAAAGAGACUCCGCUUAGCCGAGAUGGCACAGUCCUCAGGGGAGUCCAGCUUUGAAUCUUCUGUGCCCCUGUCUCGAAGCCCAAGCCAGGAGAGCAGCAUCUCUCUGAGUGGCUCCAGCCGCUCAGCUUCAUUUGAUAGAGAGGAUCACGGAAAAGCUGAAACCCCUGGGCCCUUAUUAGACACACGUUCCAAACCCUUGGGCACCCACAUGCUGACUGUCCCCAGCCACCACCCGCAUGCCCGAGAGAUGCGAAGGUCAGCCUCAGAGCAGAGCCCCAACGUGCCCCAUUCCUCACACAUGACUGAGACCCGAAGUAAAUCCUUUGACUAUGGCAGCUUGUCCCCGACAGGACCAUCUGUAGCAGUGCCUGCAGCUCCGCCACCCCAAACCGCCCCGCCAGAAAGAAGAAAAUGCUUCCUGGUGAGACAGGCCUCCCUCAGCAGACCUCUGGAAGCAGAGCUGGAGGUUACCCCCAAGGGCAAACAAGAGAGCAGUGAGGAGCCCUCAGCCAGCAAGCCUUCCACCAAAAGCUCCAUGCCCCAGAUUUCCAUGGCUACCACACAAGGCGGGCCCUCAGGAGGCAAGAGCCAGAUGCAAGAGAGGCCCCCACUGGGUUCAAACCCACCCCACACAGAAGCCCUGCAAGUGUUCCGACCUCCUGGCACCCAGUUGCCCCCACCAGUCUCCCUCUUCUCUUUUCAGCACCUCUUGCCUCCGGAGCAAGAGCAGUCCUCUGAGUUCUUCCCCACUCAAGCAAUGGCCGGCCUCCUCUCCUCUCCAUACUCCGUGCCCCCACUCCCACCUUCCUUGUUCCAAGCCCCACCACUUCCUCUGCAGCCUACCGUGCUACACCCCAGCCAGCUCCAUCUCCCCCAGCUCCUGCCUCACCCUGCAGAUAUCCCCUUCCGUCAGCCCCCUUCCUUCCUCCCCAUGCCAUGCCCUGCCUCCUCAACCCUAUCUGGGUAUUUUCUGCCUCUGCAAUCCCAGUUUGCAUUGCAGCUUCCCGGUGAAAUAGAAAGCCACUUGCCCCCAAUCAAAACCAGCUUGGCCCCUCUAGCAACCGGACCUUCUGGCCCCUCCAGCAGCACAGAAUACAGCAGUGCCAUCCAGCUGCCCCCUGUGACUCCUCCAGCUACCUCCCCAGCUCCCACAUCAGCCCCAACAUUGGCCCUGCCUGCCUGUCCGGAUGCUUUGGUGUCACUGGUUGUUCCCGUCCGCAUCCAGACCCACAUGCCAUCCUAUGGGAGUGCCAUGUACACCACCUUGUCUCAGAUCUUGGUCACCCAGUCUCAAGGAAGCUCAGCAAGUAUGGCUCUUACCAAGUAUGAGGAGCCACCUUCCAAAGGGAUGACUGUGUGUGGGACUGAUGUCUACGAAGCUGGGCCUGGGCCAUCUAGCAUGAGCAAGGAGCAAAGCAGAGGCUUCCAGACACCCUAUCUGAGAGUGCCUGGAAGGAAAGGUACCUCACUGUCCUCCGAGGGCAUUCUGAGCCUCGAGGGGUGCUCAUCCACAGCCAGCGGAAGCAAGCGUGUCCUCUCUCCAGCUGGCAGUCUUGAACUUACCAUGGAAACCCAGCAGCAGAAAAGAGUAAAGGAGGAGGAGGCUUCCAAGGCAGAUGAAAAACUGGAGCUGGUGAGCACCUGCAGUGUGGUACUGACCGGUGCAGAGGACAGGCAGAGGACAGAGAAGCCCUAUGUGGGCAGCCAAGGCCAGAGCAGGAGGGAGGCAGAAACACUGUCCAGUUUGCCUUCAGAUCCAUCUGACCCAAAAGAACUUUCUCCCCUCUCUCAUCCCACAUUGCCCCAUGGGGCAGCCCCAGGCUCGGAAGCUUUGAAGGAAUAUGCUCAACCAUCUAGCAAAGCUCACCGGAGAGGAGUGCCUCCACUGAGUAUAAAGAAAGAAGAUCCAAAGGAACAGCCUGACCUCCCUCCCCUGGCACCCCCUUGCUCUCUGCCUCUGUCAGAUACUUCCCUGAAACCAGCCAAAUUGCAAGAAGGUACAGACUCAAAGAAGGUACUGCAGUUCCCCAGCCUCCACACGACCACUAAUGUCAGUUGGUGCUAUUUAAACUACAUUAAGCCAAAUCACAUCCAGCAUGCAGAUAGGAGGUCCUCUGUUUACGCUGGUUGGUGCAUAAGUUUGUACAACCCCAACCUUCCAGGGGUUUCCACUAAAGCUGCUUUGUCCCUUCUGAGAUCUAAGCAGAAAGUGAGCAAAGAGACAUACACCAUGGCCACAGCUCCACAUCCUGAGGCAGGAAGGCUGGUGCCAUCCAGUUCCCGAAAGCCCCGUAUGACAGAGGUGCAGCUCCCGUCGCUGCUUUCCCCGGAGAGCCAGAAAGACCCAGCUAGAGUGGAGAAGGAAGAAAAGCAAGGGAAGGCAGAGGAGGGUGCUCCUGCUUCCAAGAGAGGAGAGCCGGCGAGGGUCAAGAUCUUCGAAGGAGGGUACAAAUCAAAUGAAGAGUAUAUAUAUGUGCGAGGCCGCGGCCGAGGGAAAUAUGUUUGUGAGGAAUGUGGAAUUCGCUGCAAGAAGCCCAGCAUGCUGAAGAAACACAUCCGCACCCACACUGACGUCCGACCUUAUGUGUGCAAGCACUGUCACUUUGCUUUUAAAACCAAAGGGAAUCUGACUAAGCACAUGAAGUCAAAAGCCCACAGCAAAAAGUGCCAAGAGACGGGGGUGCUGGAGGAGCUGGAAGCCGAAGAAGGAACCAGCGAUGACCUCUUCCAGGACUCCGAGGGGCAGGAGGGCUCCGAGGCUGUGGAGGAACACCAGUUUUCAGACCUGGAGGAUUCGGACUCCGACUCAGACCUGGAGGAAGAGGAGGAAGAGGAGGAGGACGAGAGCCAGGAUGAGCUGUCCAGGCCCUCCUCAGAGGCAGCUCCACCCUGCCUGCCAACCACACUACAGGAGGACUCCUCACCCCUUCAGGGCCCUCAGCCUCCAGUUACCACUUCUGACGAGGUCCAGCAAGGCAGCUCCAUCUCAGAAGUCACACACCUGACAGCCAGCAGUUGUCCCACGCCUAGCCGGGGUACCCCAGACCUCCUCCGGCUGGGACCGGCCCCAGUGGAGACCGACACGAGCUCAGCUCUGAGUUCCAAGGCUAUGUCCCCUAGGAGGCCAUGGUCCCCAAGCAAAGAAACAGGCAGCCGCCCCUCACUUACUCGCAAACAUUCACUCAACAAAAGUGACUCGUCUCCCCAGCGAUGGUCACCGACCCAAGAAACGCAGGCCUCAGUCACAAGCACACCUGGCCCCCAGAUGGGCCCAGGAAGGAAUAUGGGCCCUCGUCUUUGUGGGUCCCCAAGACUGGAGCUGUCUCCUCUCACUCCCUACCCCAUAGGAAGAGAAGUGCCCCCUUGGGCACCUCUGUCCCCUGGGCCCAAGAGUGCCAUAGACACAGGCGCCCCCAGAUAUUCAACCACCAGGAAAUGGUCUCUGGGUCAGGCUGAGUCAUCACCACAGACAGUGCUGCCAGGGAAGUGGGCCCUGGCUGGGCCCUGCAGCCCCUCAGUGGGCAAGUGUAGCCUGGGCUUGGGGCCAGUUCCACAGGCUCUCCUCCAGCCCGUGCCUCUACCUCACACACUUCUCAGCAGAAGCCCUGAAAUGUGCGCCUCUGUAUGGAAGACUGAGUCUCGAAGUCCAUCCUGCUCAGCUGGCCCUGUUCCUCUCUUCCCCCGACCAUUCUCUGCCCCUCAUGACUUCCACGGCCACCUCCCUAGCCGAAGUGAGGAGAACCUCUUCAGUCACCUGCCUCUGCACUCCCAGCACCUGAGCCGCGUCCCCUGCCCCCUCAUUCCAAUUGGUGGAAUCCAGAUGGUACAGGCCCGGCCAGGAGCCCACCCCACCCUGCUACCAGCGGCCUGUGCAGCCUGGGUCAGUGGCUUCUCAGGAGGAGGCAGUGACCUAACAGGGGCCCGAGAAGCCCAGGAGCGCAGCCGGUGGAGUUCCACAGAGAGCACUUCAGCAUCGGUGUCCCCUGUGGCCAAGGUCUCCAAGUUUACACUCUCUUCGGAGCUGGAGGAGGAAAGGACCAGCAGAGGCCCAGGAAGACCUCCUGACUGGGCACCGCAGAGGGCUGAAGCCCCUGCAGAACCCAUGGGCACGCACAGCCCCUGCUCCCCACAGCUGCCCCGGGGCCACCAGGGAGCAUCAUCCUGGAGUGCUCCCUUGGAGUCGCCACACACACUGGCCAACCGCAAGGCCUCCAGCUUCCCACCACUGGACCGCAGCAGCUCCGCGGACUGCCUGGCAGAGGCCUCCACUCACUUCCCAGCCCGGAGCAGGAACCUCUCUGGGGAACCUAGGACCCGUCAAGGCUCCCCUGAGCCCUUAGGUAGUGGGGAGCCCAGGACUCCUCAAUUCCUGCCCAAAGACAGAGGCCCCCCAAGCACCUAGCCUCCCCCGCCACUUUAUCUGGCUUCCAGUGUUCAGCAGCAGACAUUUCCAGCCAACUUCCUGGAGUCACCUUGCUUCCAUGGGCGUCUUCUCUGUCCCUCUGUCCUCAAGGCUCCUGCUCAGACCUAUCCGUCUGUAUUGUUCCACACAUGCAGUUACCCGUGCCUUUUUCUAGACCUUUUGUUGCUUGAAAAGAAAAGAAACAACACAAAUCACACACAUCCAUUAAAAAACAACAACAACAAAAGAAAAACAAAAAAGAAACACCCAUGAGGAGCUUGAGGUUGUGACUACUUUGUGCUUUGGGGACGAGACUGUAGGAGGGGCCUGUUCACCUCCACUACCACACUCCACACUGGCAGCUGUCCCCACCUCAAGGCCCAUGAGAAGUUACAUUGCACUGAGGGAGAGAAGAAGAAAAAGGGAGGGAGAAAAGUAUAAAUCCAAAGGCAAGCACUCCUACAGACAUGCCUAAGACUCCCAAGUAUACACCCAGCUAGUAGCUACUCCUGUCUGUCAGCAGAAUGACCAGAACCCCAAGGCAGAACACCAAUACAGACAGGAACCAACCCCACAACUUCCCACCCUGCCCGGCCAAGAACAGUAUCUUUUCUUAUUUUAUUUUCUGCAAGAAUCAGGACAAAAAGUCACCUUUUGCUAACAUCUCAGUACAGAAUAGUAGCCUGUGGGGAACGUAGUGUGAACUGUGGGCUCCACCUUCCACUUCCCGCCUCCACCUUCCCCCAGGAUGAAUACAGGGGCCCAGGUUUCUCACACACACCUGUAGGUCCCUGCCUCCUGGGCCUGCCCGUAAGCUGGUUCCUUGAUGUUUAGAAAUACCUGCAGGAUGAAGGGGCCAUGGCAAGACUAGGGAUAUUCCUAGUUCAGGCCCAUGCUGAGCCUGAGGUUUGAAUUCUGUCUCACCUCUGUUCCCGAGGAACGAAGCGUGGUUCUUCCUCCAUGACUGGGUUACAUAUGAGUACACAGACACAUACAUAGAAACCAAAGAUGGUGUUUGGCUCUUCCCCCGGCCUCUUCAGGUUCUCUUCUCUUGACUUAGAAGAUUUCUGAAUUAUCCCAAGUCAUUUGAAUUUUUCUUCAGUUCCCAAGGCAAAAAAAGUAAUAGGACCAAAAAUUUAAAUCCCAGGUUGAAAUGUAGAACUUGACCUGUUAGACAAACAAAAAAGGCGAAGUCCUCUGUGGCAUAGGAGCUAUGGUUACUGUUUCCAAACCCUGACAUAAAUUUUUCUUUGCCUUCUCCAAAAGACAGAGAAAAGGGACCGUGGUGAGGAGGCCUCCUCCUACAGCCUUGUCCCCAAGUCAUAAAGUAUGUUCCAGCCAUGCUAGAGACUGCUGUCACUAUCAGACAGGGUGGACGACCGAAGGCUCAUGGGAGGGCUGAACUGCUGGGGCUGUUAGAGAAGACAGAGACGACGAGGCUAUGAGCCACCCCUCUCCCUCCCUCCAGUUUGUUCGUGUGUGUGUGUGUGUGUGUGUGUGUGUGUGUGAGAGAGAGAGAGAGAGAGAGAGAGAGAGAGAGAGGCCCUUGCUGGAUGGGCAGAUCAGCUAGCCAUAGGCCCAGUGCCAAGGCCGAUCACCUGGUUUGUCCUCAAUACUCAAAAGUAAGAGUCCAUAGAGCAGGGCCUCUCGUGCUGUGUGCUGUGCCACAGGGUGUCAUGGGUAUCAGACUGACAGCCUUCAGAUGCUUGGCAUGCUGGGAGAAGCUGUCAAGCCAAGGCUGAGACACUUUGAGAAGAAGAGGUAGAAACCUGAGUUCUGGUCAGCCCAAGCUGGAAGUCCCAGCCUUCCUCCCUUCUGCCCCUCGACCUUAACUAAGGGCUGAGGUGAGGAGUUGGACAAAGGGCAUCAUCUCCACCCAGGAUUGACGGCUUCCUAGGCAAGCUCUCCCAGCCACAGACUGCAGGCUAGCUCCCGACCUUGAACACUCUCUCCGAUUCACUUUCACCCAAAAUCUCCUGGGAGUUACUCUCCCAACCCCCACUCCCUUCUCUCUUGUUCCUCUUCCUUGGCAGUCUAGUGACUGACACAGUGUGUGGUCACACAAUGGAGAGUCCCCACAGUUACUGGGCCCAGCUGACUCAGGGAAAUUGGCUAUAACAAAGGCUAGGAACUGUAGGCUUGCCUGUGGGUGACAGGGAUAGAAUACACAGACUCUAGCCUGGGGGCCAGUGCCCCACACAGAUGCCCAGAGGGCUGCAAUGAAUGCCACUCCCAGAACAGCUCCGAACUCUCUCUCAAACUCUCUCCACCACCCCACAAGCACAUGGCACCAGCCUGCACACACCUCUCUCUUGAAAACCUCUCCAGGAAUACGAUCCAGGCUCCUUGCCCACAGCCAGCCACUUCUGACUUGCAGCCUGCCUGUGACGCUAUUGUCAGUGAUGACAGUCUAGUUCAGACACCUGUGUGGGGUCUGCUGACACUCACCAGAACAAGAUGGCCACUGAUACUUAACCUGUGACAGCUGGGGAGGUCUCAAGUCAAACCCUGUCCUCUGUGGGUGGUAGUUCCAGGCCCCCUGUCCCUGAGGCCUGACUCCUGGAUGCCCGUUACGGGGCAGUCUCACAUCAGAGUACCAACCUCUUCCCACCCCCCAUAGUAGCUGACACUCUGCUCCCAGCCACCAAGACCCUCCAGGGGUUCUGACAGGGAUAGCUGCCUAUUUUCCAGACACACAGUCUGCCUUGCUCCAUGGGGAAACCUCUGAAGAGCAUUGGCUCCCAGCUUCCUCUAGGCAUUGCUCUCUUCCCCCUGGCCCAGACUAGGAAGAAGGAAUAUGUCUGAGCUGAAGUCUCCUUCUAGUCCUUGCUCCAGCUGACUCUUCCAGGUGAAAUCCUGGGAGACCCAUCUGCUCUGCCGUGUGUGUCACCUAAGAAAGUUCCCAAAGUGCUGCCAAAUUUGCUUCCGUGUUGUGGUCCCUGUCUGCUUGGCAUUUGAAAACCGCUUGGGCACUACUGAUCACUUUCCGGAAUGUGGUGGUCGGGAAGAAAGGGAACCUUGUAGGCAAAUGUAAGAUACUCACGUUCUGUAAGAUAAAUCUUUGCCUUUGUUUUCUGAAAAGGUGUAUGCAUUCCGUACGCGAAAUCGUCCAUAGAGAGUUUCCACGUUCCUAAAUGGCAAUACAUUCCAAAACUCGGACUGUAGAUAUGUGCAGCAACUGCACUUGGAGAGGGGUGGUUUUGCCUGCGGUUUAUUUAAACCCCAGUUUCUACACUUGUAUCUUGCAGUUGUCGGUAUGGUAUUCAUCAGUGCAAAAGAAAAACAAAAACAUAGACAAAAAAAAACUCAAAAAAGAAAUCCAUACAGGUCUAAAGCACAGAGUCCAUUGUACAAAAGGAAAGAAUCGCUCAGUAUUGGUGUGUGUGACCCUUGUAAAUCCCAUCUGUACUGUGAAUGAGACGUUUUUACAAGUAUAAUAAUUGCCUUUAUUACAGCUUGGGCUGAGUGUUCAGCCUGAAGAUAUUUUUUAAAA